AUGAGUGAACACGCCCUGACACCGCCGACAAAAGUUAUUAGAAGCCCGCCUUGUACACCAACUAGUAAGCGACGACAGCGUGCUGUUAAUGGGUCAUCAGCUGGUCAAACACCAUCAUCACCUUCAAACACUCCUCGGUGUAAAGGAGUCUCACUCACUACCGGAUUGGCAUGUAAACGGCCAGUAUCAUCUGAUAGUUAUUGCUAUCAGCAUCGAGGACAAUUGCAUACCGAAAGCAUAUUCGGAAUCCCAACUACACCACCAAAAGUUAUUAAAAAUCAUCAAUAUGAAAAUGUUUUUGUUUCUUCUUCUUCAUCAUCAUCUCUCGAGAAAAGUAUAAACAAACGUGAAGAAUUCGAUGACUUUUUGAGACAUUUUAAUAGGUUAUCAAUCGUGGAAACUAAAGAAAAAUCAAAGACACCGCCGCCUUUUAAUUCAGAACCAAUAUCUAAACUCAUAGCUCCGAAUUCGAUACAAACUCCUCCACCAACAUCAUCAAAUGUGAUACAAACUCCUCCUCCAACAUCAUCAAAUGUAUUAAAACCAAUCGAAAUAGCGCAGAAAUCGUUAUACCCUCAUUUGGACGAGCAACAUGAGAAUACAGAAAAUUUUAUGUGCUCGGAUGCUUCAUUAAAUAAAAAAUCACAAUCUCUCGUUCAUGUAAAAUCCAGAAGCGGAACAUCAGGUCCUCUCAAUUAUAUGCAACACGGUGCCCGUAUUCAUAUUAAUUUAAAUAGUCCUAACGACGACGACACUUCAUUUCGACAAUCACCGGGCUCCGUUCGAUGUCAAGGACGGAGUUUAAGAACCGGAAAACUGUGCACACGGUCAAUAAAAGUGAUUAAGGAUGAGGAUAAUACGAAAAUAUGGUAUUGUCAUCAACAUAGAGUCGAAAUCGAGAAAAAUCAACCGUCGAUUGAAUCAUUAACCUUUGUGCCCGACUGGAUUGACUCUAACCUCAAAGAAGAAACGAAAAAGAUGUUAUUAGAAGAAAUGUCGAAACCUAUAUCAUCCAAAGACGAAUCAGGUUAUAUUUAUGCGUAUGAAUUGAUUGAUGGUCCAUUAUCAAAGAAUUUUGACUCUCGACUCUAUAAAGUGGGUCGAGCAACAAAUGUACACCGCAGGCUAUAUCAAUGGAAUCGACAAUGCGGUUAUGAGCCAUCAGUGAUUGAAUAUUUUCCCGAGAAUAAAGAACUCGGUCAAUUAAUUACUGUACCUGUGACUAAAUGCAAAUACACCCAUCGUGCGGAAAGAUUAAUACAUAUCGAGUUGGGUGACAAAUUCCACACGAUUCUACCGAAAUGCCCGGGGUGCGGUAAUCAGCAUCGCGAAUUCUUUAAAGUUCCCAUAUUGAAUUCGGAUGAUGGGUGGGAUAAAAUCCGACGCGGCAUAAUACAUUGGUUGACAUAUAUUGAGAAAAUUUACGGGGUCGGCUAUUGA